AUGUCCGGCCGUCCUGGUAUCGCUGAGAAGCGACUCUCUCUUCAUCGUUUCCAGCAGAUCCCGGAUUCUACUCACGAAGGAAUGGCCAAUCCCAAUGACGUGACCAUUGAUAUCCCCUUGAGUACGGUUCCCAGUCGAGGGCAAACCGGUGCUCGGAACCCUAGUAUUAACACUCCGGCGUCACCCAAUGCGUAUCAACCCCCCGAUGGAAGUCCAAACCCAAACGCCAGUGAAAAGACUGGCUUGGUUGCAGGUCCGGGGCGUCGCAGGAGAGUUGGGACUAUGGGUGGCUCGUUUGAAGAACCCGAAGAUGGUACGCUCACCAAGAUGGGCUACUUCUACCAGAAGGUCCUCAAUUUCUCCAUUAUCACUCGCUACCUGAUCUACGUUACGCCACUCGCCUUGUUGAUUGCCAUCCCUAUCAUUGUGGGAGCUUCAGUCGCGCCGGACGCGACCAUUGCCGACGUCCCUGUUCAUUGGUUCUUCACCUGGAUCGAAGUGGUCUGGUUGGGUUUGUGGGUGGCCAAGCUGGCGGCCCAUUUUCUCCCUUAUGUCUUCCAAUUCUUGUGCGGCAUUGUCAGCUCGGGAACCCGCAAAUAUUCCUUGAUCCUUCGUCGGCUGCAGAUCCCUAUCGCAACCGUGAUUUGGUCGGUGAUAUCUCUUGUGACGUUCCUCCCUAUUAUGACGUUGAAUCCGACGAAACAGAGGCAGAAUGACACAGGGGUAAAAUCAUGGGAAAAGACCAUCAAAAAUAUCCUGUUCGCGUUACUCAUCUGCAGCUUGAUUUUCCUCGCCGAAAAAACUCUUGUCCAGCUCAUUUCAAUCAGUUACCAUCGGAAGCAGUUCGAUGCCAAAAUCAAGGAGUCUAAGAGGAACAUCUAUCUCCUUGGUCUGCUCUACGAGGCAUCGCGCAGUAUGUUUCCAAUGUACUGUAAGGAAUUUGCCGAAGAGGAUGCUGCCGUCUCCGACUUGAUCACGAGCAAGGCAGGUAACAUGCCACGGUCUGGCUCGGCUCCCUUGCGGCUCAUCCGAGAGGUUGGACAUGGUUUUGGCCGAAUUGGUGGCAAGGUGACAGCUGUUGUCGGUGAUGUAGCUCAGGAAAUCACCGGCAAAGAAGUGUUCAACCCCAACUCUGCUCGUUCUGUCGUGGUCUUGGCGUUGGAGCGGACAAAGUCGUCUGAAGCUCUGGCCCGUCGAAUUUGGAUGUCUUUUGUUAUCGAAGGCCGGGAGGCACUCUACCAUGACGAUGUCGCUGAGGUGCUGGGGGUGGGCAAGGAGGCGGAGGCGGAAGAAUGCUUCCAGUUUCUCGAUCGUGACGGGAAUGGAGAUAUCAGUCUUGAGGAGAUGAUCCUAUCUGUUGCCGAGGUCAGGCGCAUGCGCAAGUCAUUGAAUCAUAGUAUGCAUGAUGUCGACCAGGCAAUUCAUGUGCUGGAUAAUCUUCUGCUGACUGUCGCGUUUGUCAUUGGUUUGUUGGUCUUCAUCUCCUUUGUGACGAGCGGUUUUGGUACCGUUAUUGCAGCCGGUGCUACCUCCCUCUUGUCCCUAAGUUUCGUCUUUGCCACCACCGCCCAAGAAGUCCUCGGUUCUUGCAUUUUCCUCUUUGUGAAACACCCGUUUGAUGUUGGUGACCGCGUGGAUAUUGAGUCCAAGCCUUAUAUCGUCGAACGGAUCUCGCUCCUUUUCAGCGUGUUCCGCAACGUGGCCGAUCAUCGCAUCACUCAGGUCCCCAAUAUCGUUCUCAACACCCAGUGGAUCGACAAUUUUACGCGGGCUAAUGCCAUGCACGAGACGCUGACCAUCCCCGUCAAGUUUGAAACAACGUUUGCGAACAUCCAGCAUCUCAAGCAAGAAAUGGAGCGAUUUGUGCGUGACAAGGAAAACUGCCGCGACUUUAAACCCGAUAUCAAUGUUGACGUUGUUGGCGUCGGUGAUAUGGACAAACUGGAACUGAGCGUCAACAUUAGCCAUAAGUCCAACUGGGCGAACGAGACCGUUCGUGCUGCUCGCCGCUCAAAAUUCAUGUGUGCCUUGGUGGCCGCCGUCCGCAGGAUCCCACUCCUCGCCCCCGGUGCGGAGGAGGCAGGGGACGACGAAAACAACGAUGAUGGGAAAUCCAAUGAAGAUAACAAGCCGAAAGAUGGCGCCACUGAUAAGGGUGGCGACGAUGGUAUGAGACGCGUGAGUACUGCCGGUGCUGCUCAGGGGUUGGCAAUUGCGGAAUCCAGAUCCACAGGAUUUGACCUCGGUCAGUCAUCGUCAGGAUCACUGCAGCACCGUAAUCGGGGCGCGGGGGCCUCCACCAGCUCCUAUGGUGACGGAUACUAUGCGGAACAUGCGCAGAGUCACUCUCCGGGCCCCGAAGGAUCUCGCGAUGGGCAUGAUGUCGACAAUUACCAAACCCCCGCCGCUUCUCCGGGACGAGAUCACUUGAACGUCAACAGCUAUGGCUCCCUCGGACGGACGCCAUCGACGGGCCGCCGCAAGGAAGGGAGUCGAAUGUCUGUCCCUUCGGCCACGGGGGGUGUCCCUAUUCUCGCUGAACCCGUGCAACCGCGCGAGGAAUAUGGCAACUAUCCCGGUCAUUUCUAUGGCUCACAGGAUGGAGCAUAUGACCCGAAUCAGCCCUUUGAGCUGCCGUCGGUGCUGGAGCCUUCGGGUAUAGAGAGUGGCCAGGAGUACCCUUCUCCUCACCUGCGUGACCCUUCACCCAGUGGGAGGUACUCUGAUGAGCAAAUGCCGGGGGCUUUCGUCUCUCGACGACCCACGCAUGGCGGGCAAUAA